AUUGUUUUUGAGACCUUCGUGGAUUCAACAUCGAUGUUGGUUAAAUAUAAAAGUAGUUAUAAGAAAAAUUAAAUUAUGAACAAUUUACAAAGCAAUUCACUGGGAAAUCUUCAAACUCGAGGAAAUUUAAGAGUCGCACAGCCAACAGUAGUUGAACCAGUAGUUUAUAGAAGUAACCAAAGUAUUAUUACAUCAUAUGGCACAACACCAAGUGUAUCAACGAUUGAAAUAGCGUCAUCACAAUCAACGCUAUCAUCUUAUCUUCACAAGUCCGGUAUUAGCUCACUUAAUGACAUUCCGAGUUGUCAUAUUCAUCAAGUAUUUGAGAUUAACGACACCCUUCCUUCUGGUUCUGAAAAUCGCUUUACAAUUAAAACUCAUGACAACGAGUCAAUAUUUUUAGCAUCAGAAGGAUCCACACCUCGUGAUCGAUUGCUUUGGGGAAGUUCACGAUCAUUUAUGAUGCACUUAAUGGACAAGCAAUAUCAAGAAGCUCUUACAAUGAGACGAGAUUUUGGGUGUCGACUUUUUUGUUUACCAAUGAAACUGCAGUCACUUGAAGUGUGGCUUAAUCCAGGAAUAUUGCUUGGAAUUGUUCAAGAGAAAUUUUCAUUGAAGGAUAGAUUAAUUGUGAUUGAAAGUGAGAGGGGACAGGAAAUGUUCAAAGUAAGGAUAUCAUUAGGCCAUUCCAUUUGUAUGCCAAAGGAAUAUCAUUUUAGGAUUAUGACAGCAGAUGAACAACAACAAGCCGGAACAAUAACACGUCAGUGGAAUACAGAUAUAAACAGCUAUACAAUUAACAUUUAUUUUGCGGACACAGGCAUGGAUCCAAAGAUUAAAUCAUUAUUUUUAGGGUUAGGAUUUUUACUUGAGUAUCUUUAUUUCCAAGGAAGGAGCUGUUGCUGAAAAUAUGAAACUUAUUUUACCAUUUUAUUUUAUUUUCAUAUUAUAAAGUGCAAUAAACUUAUUUUUAUAAUCUA